CUUAACUGAAUCCCAACAAUAGAAAUUCUAAAUAACGUCAAAAAACACGGUGACAUCAGCCUUUUCUCCUUCACAUUUCAAUUCUCAAAACAACGCUCUUUAGAUCUUAUCCACUUGAUUCGACGCACGCGCAGCAAGCGCGUCCGAUCGUUUUGUAAACAAUAUAAAUAAUAGUCGUCAUCUUGGUUGCGCUAAGUUAGUACGUCGCGAGCUGCGCUAGUGGUCGGAUACCAUGAUACGCGCCAUACUUCUCUGUGCCGCUAUUGCCAUCGCCGCCGUCGGCGGUGACAACACACAAGCAGACAACAACCGCACCAACAAUAUAUCCAAACGCGAAAUCCUGGAAUUCUACCCCGACUGGGUUCCAUUCAAAAACAAACAUGGUGAUGAACUCGGUGAAUUCGUUGACGUUACUAAACCUAAAGCCAAAGUGAAAAAACGACUCGCAUUACCAAUGAAUUUCUUAAUAAAAGCCGUCGCCGAUGAUGAUUCAGGAGAUUAUCCCGGACAAGGAGAAUCUGAUAGUGAUGAGUAUUAUGAUAAGAAGGACUGGUCGGACUUGCAUAGGCCAGUGCAUAAUGAAAGCGGAACAGUUCUCGAACAACAACAACAAGAACAACAACAACGACAACAACAACGACAACAACAACAAGAACAACAACAACAAAAACAACAACAACAAGAACAACAACAAAAACAACAACAAGAACAUAGUACUAAUUCUGAUAUUGAAGGAUUAAUUAAUAUUAUCACCAAAUCAUCUCCCAGUUUAGCAGAUGAUAUCAAUAAGUCCAUAGUUAAUCACGAAGAUGUAAACCAAGAUGAAGAUGAAAUACCGGAAAAAACUGGACACAUUAAAGGUUUCGUGGAAGAUACUACGAUCACGCCUGAACCAGAAUUGAGCAUUGCACUAACACCUAGGCCUAAUUUACAAGAGUAUAUCGACGACGAAGAUGAUUCGGAAAAAAAUCAGCAGCAAUCGGAAGAGGAGCCGCAAAAACUAUCACCAGAAGAACAGAAAGAAAAUGAAGAAAAGAAGAGAAUUAUUCUAGACAGUGUUGAUCAGUUGAAACUCAGACAUGAACAAGAACAAAGGGCUAUUUCAGAAAAAAAUAAGCAUGACGAAUAUGACAACGAAUUACGUCAUAGAACUAUACAGAAAAAGAAAUAUCGGAAUGAUAAACGAUAUCGUAUUAAACCUACUUCUCCUCCAAACUAUGACGAGUACGAGGAUAUGUCUUGGAAGGAUAAAUAUAAUAUAAAUGUGGAAAAAAAAUCCACUGUAGGAAACGAUGAAGUUUUCGAACAAUUUACUGAAAAAACAAGACAAACGUCGACAACGAGGACGACUACGUAUAAACCAAGAGAUCCCGAGCGAGCAAAAUAUUCGUUAUUUAGAAAUCCCGACCUUUACACAAUUGAUGAUCCUGAAGAUGAGAUAAUUCCAUCCAAAAAUAACCCAAAGACACCCCGGCGUUUUUCUUCUAAAUAUAUUAGCGCCGAAAACUAUAUGACCCCAGCGACCACAACAGAAAAAGUAGAGCCGAUACUUUAUUUCCCUAAACGAAAACUGAGGAAACCGAAAACCAAAACCACAACUCAAGCUUCAGAUUCGUUCGUAGCAGAAACAGUGGAAGACAAACUAACAAAUAAACAAACUACACAACCAUACUCCAUAACAUACCCGGAUAUUACUUCUCUUGCUAAUGAUGAUUAUAAAACCACAGCUGCUGGCUAUGAUUAUCCUACUACUACAGUGGGUCUGUGGAAAGAUGACACGUCUGCUGAAGAUAAAGGGAACAUCAUAAAUAACUUAAACGUCCGAGAUACCACUCCACGGUAUGAAGACCCGACUGCAGCAGACGCACCAACCGGACCUUCAGGAGAAGCGAGCAAUAGUGAAACCGUGACUGAUGCAGUACCGGCGUCCAGCGACCACAAGAAAGAGGAAGGACCAAAGGAUUACCAUGUGGAAAAAGGAGGCGGCUCGGAGCAUCAAUCUUCCCAUGAAGAAGAACACGAGGAACAUGGCAAAAAGGCUUACGAGGGGCUUCAUAAGGAUACAAAGACCAAAAAGGGGCAUCAUGACAAAGAGGACCACCUUGGCAAGUAUGUAGAUCACGGUGGCCACGACAAAAAGCACCAUGACGAGUCUGGCCACUACGGAGAGCACCUUCACGAGGAACACGGCAAAAAGCAUGCUAAGUACGAGGAAUCCGGCAAACACUCCAAAGGACACAGCACGAAAGGCAGCCACGACAUCCACAAAAAGGAGGAGUAUGAAAAGAAUGUGGAGUUCUUCGAGGAGGAGGGAGAUUCGUCGGAGGAGGAGAAACAAGGCGGCUACCACAAUGAGAAGAAACAUGAGGCGGGCGGCCAUUUCAAGAAAGGAAACCUUCAUAACAACCACCACGAGAAUAAAAAGGGCGAAUCCGGACACUUCAUCAAGGGAGGCCACCACUUCGCUCACAAGGGCCACAAAGCCGCAGAUGCACAUGAGGGUCACGGCAAGCAUCACGCGGCUCACCAUCACGCAGGCGGUCACCAGGGCGGCAAGAAGUGGGUGUACCACCACGGGUACCCCGCCAAGAACGCGAACCUCAUCGUUAUAGAUCGCCGAGCUGAUAGGUACAUGCAUGGACCUAACUACUAUGGAUAAUUUGGGAAAACUUAGGGUUAAAAU